AUGGAACCUGGAGCUAGUUUUUUGGCUCUGGCUGAUGAAAGUAUUCUAGUAGAAAUUCUCUUAAGAUUGCCUCUCAAGUCUAUAUGUAGGUUCAGGUGUGUAUCAAAAGAGUGGGAUGGUCUCACCAAACUUAGUUAUUUCCUGGACAGACAUCGUCUUCACAGCUCUCGCUGUCUUCUCCUCAUCUCCUCGUCCUCUCUUGCUGCCGGAAUUAGUAAUAAGAAAGGAGUUGGAAUCUCAUUACUUGCUGAUGAAGAAACGGCAGUUUCAAGUUUGAGUGUACCUUUCCUCCCCAAGGAUGCAAGAUGGGCUUUAGAAUUUGUGGGAUCUAGUAAUGGGUUACUUUGUUGCGUUACCUUGCUUAAGGGUACUCGAAUAGCCACAGUAGUAUGGAACCCAGCAACAGACCAAUUUAAUUAUUUUCCUGUUGGUUUGGAGAAAAGAGUUGAGAAUGCUACUUACUAUCGUGUAAUCAUAGGUUUUGAUUUCAUGCAUAGCAUUAGUGCAUACAAGUUGGUGACAGUUCACCCUUGUGUUAAUCCCAUUAAUGAUCCGAACCAACUUACUUUUCAAGCCAGAGUGUUCAAUCCUAGUAGAAAUUCUUGGAGAGUAGUUGAACCGCAACUUGAACUUACAUCAUGUAGACGGUUUAAUAUUCACUCUAUUACUGUGAAUGGAGUGCUGUAUUGGUUGGUAGAGAAACAAACAGCUGGGGACCUGGGGUGGCUCUCGUUUCGUUCAGUUUACAUGAUGAGGCCUUCAAGGAUACAUGGAAACCACUACCAGGAGAAAUAG